CCUUAUGGUUUUUGGUGUAGAUUUCGGUGUUAUUUCUUUGUUUUAAUGCUGUUUAAUAAAACUGGUGCAAAUCCUUGCAGGCGGAGUUAGUUACGUCAAUCCUGCUUAUAGCCAGUUGAUCUACAAUUUGUUUGUGAAGCAUAAGAACGUAGUUCGUCCACCUACACAAGUAAUCGCUGUGAAGCACGUUUUUCAUAGUUACGUCGCAUAAGGACUUCCGAAGCGGAAGCAGUGAUUCACGAUAGUGCCCUGAUUACUUUGAAUAUGUUCUCAUCGUUAUGUUAUCGUACGGAAAGAAGCAAUAUUUCGAUAGUUUGUUAAAUUUGUGACUGAUCGAAAACACCAAACAGUGAUAACCCAUAAAAUACUCAUUCAUAAGAAUUCAAACCGGUGCAGUAGCAGUGGAACGAGUGCCCGAAAUGGUGCAUAUAAAGUGAACGAGUUCUCAUAAACUCAAUUUUUUAUCAGUUUGGUUUGUAAUUAAUGCAAACGAAGAAAGAAGCCCCAGUUGUGAUAAUCGAAUGUCAUUGACCAAACGGGAUACCGUUUACGGAUGAGUCCGGCGACGCACAGAUAUGUCGUUUGAGGAAGAUACUAACCCCCGUUUCGGUCCCCGCGACCGCAUAUAGCGUUGACUGUCGUAAAGCUCACGUGAAACUCGACGUAGACAGCAGCAGCAGCAGUAGCAACACCAGCGGCGGUAAAACAUCACCCAGCAGAUACGCGCAAUUUCAAAGUGCCGCUGGCUCGACUGCCAACCCCAACAACGAAUAACAAUACUUCGCUUUGCUACCCGUUUUUGAUACUCCAGUUUUCCGCAAGUUUACUCAUCAAUUACACACAACGAUUAACAAGUUCUAACAAGCCGCCAAACGUUAAUUCGCAUUACCUACCAGACAACGAUUGCUGUUCAAGUGCUUCUUUUCUAAAAUACCAAUUUUUACAACUUUUAACCGUCACUUUACAAGCAACUUAAAGGUAGUUACUUCAAGAAAAAUAUUAUUCAAACAAAACAAAAUCGCUUCGAAUAGUUCGCUAGCAAACUACGGAAAAGUUUUUUCUACACUCUUAACAACCAUAAGAAUCGAAGAAGUGUCUUAUUUACAAAGUAGUAAAAAGUAGUCCAAAACCUAAAGAUAUAAGAAGAGUUUAUAAAUUCUAGCAUAAGUGAUAAAAGAACAGAGUGAAACAAAAAAAAACGAAGAAACAAGUGCGUAUGUGUGAACGGAAGUCGUCUCGAGAAAAUCGUUUGGAAAAAAGUGCGAUUUGAAUUCAGCAAAACGUGUAAAGUGCCACAACUCUGACAAACACGAAGAAGCAAUCAAAAUAUGAACAAACUAUGUCGACACUAGUUUGCAAUUAACUAAACUUAGUUUUCGGAGACGAGAUAGUGAAGGAAAAAAAGUUCGUCCAGCGACCAGCAUUCGAUCCCGAUUGGACCGGUUGCAAGUGACAAGCCCGUGUCGGACGUUGAAGGAGGAAAAAAUCGUCGUCCAUCCAGUAGCGGAUCACAGCGGAAGAUAUAAAUUCAUCUCUUGUUAUUUUUUUAUGAAUUCCCUAUUCCGUCGCUUCGGCCAGUAACAGAAUAACUGACCUAAUGACUAUGGCGGAUGGCAGCUAUGACCCAAUGGGGCACAUCCAGACGGGUCGUCAGCAUCCUCACUCGCACCACCCGGCCCAUCAUCACCACCACCAUGGCAGUACCGGUGGUGGCGUUGGUGGCGGCGGCGGAGGUGGCGGUGGCAUUCCCCUCGGUAGCAGUACAUUCCUACAGCUGGAACAUCUGCAGCAGCUUCAUCAGCGCUACCAGCAACAACACCUGCAGCAGCAACAGCAUCAACACCAGAGCCAGCAGCCUUCGCCUUCGAGCCUGGAGAACAACAAUAAUCUACCCGCGGCGGCCAACCACAAUCUGUUCCGCUCAGAGCAGAAGAAACACAAGCGGAAGCGACUGUCCGCCGUGCUGGACAAGCUGCACCACAAUGGCUCGGCUGUGAACCACAACAACAACAAUGUCGGUGAAAAUAGCUUUAAAAUGAAACGCUCGGAGUCCCGCUCCAGUACCGAAGAUUCCGUCGAAGACGUGUUCCCAUACUCUGCUAGCCCUCGAAUUAGCGUAAGUCCUCUGCGUCUGAACGAAUCGGACGAGAACAACAUGAAUCAGCUUCAAAUCAAGCAGGAACCGUCACAGUACCUCUAUAAGCAGCUACAGUACAUGAACCCGCUGGCAUUCUUCAACUAUUUCCCGCAAACCAAACUCCUGUAUCAGGAGAUUGCCCGACAACGGAGUCACUCCGACUCUGAUCUGCAACCGUUGCCUCAGAAACUACCGGAAACUCCAACGGCGCCAGCCGAACCUCAGGAACCUCAAGAAUUUCCGCUAGAUCUAUCCAUGAAAACGUCACCGACAAUGUUACACAGCUCGCCUAGUCUAGACUCUGUGAUCAAGCAGGAACCGAAGUUGACCUUCACUCCGCCCCCUCAACCGCUGCCAUCGAUCGUCAAAGGAGACGUCGCAUCCAACAACACCAAAAAGUCCGCAGCUGCCUGCUACAACCUCAACGUGUCUCCUGUGGUUGAAGAGAUGCCUCCUGGUUCGGACGUUGCCUACAUGUGCCCCGUUUGCGGUCAGCUGUUCUCCCUACAGGACCGCUUAGCCAAACACAUGGCAUCCCGGCAUAAAAGCCGCUCCAACUCAACGGACAUCACCAAGUCCUACAUCUGUGAGGUCUGCCAGCGAUCGUUCGCCCGAUCGGACAUGCUAACGCGCCACAUGCGUCUGCACACCGGGGUAAAACCCUACUCCUGCAAGGUCUGUGGACAGAUCUUCUCCCGUUCGGAUCAUCUGUCGACGCACCAGCGGACGCACACCGGCGAGAAACCGUACAAAUGUCCGCAAUGUCCGUACGCUGCCUGCCGGCGGGACAUGAUCACGCGCCACAUGCGAACGCACACCCGCUACGACGCGCAACGCAGCGGCAGCUCCAGUGGGUCCCCGUCCGGGAGCCCCGCCUCCAUGGACCACAAACCGCUGAUGUUGCCGGUGGUCAGCCUCAGCUCGGGUGCCAGCGCUCGGGCCAUCAAAAAGGAGUCGGCCUUCGCCACCAGUCCGGGUAGCUACGUAAUCGAAACAAAGACUGAAUCCUAGAUACGUGCGAUACACACACACAUAAACACCCUUCGGUGGACAGACAGGCCAAGGGAAAGAGAAAACCAAGAGUUUUCGAUGUUAAACUUCGCCCUUUCCCUAGCAUUCCUAGUUUCCUAGCCGUUUUUUCUUAUACUCUUCUUCAUUAGUAGUUGUGUUUCGGUUUGCAAAACUCUUGUUGUGUUAGUAGGUUUAGAAUAUCCUUUUUUAAAAGAAAUCUAUUCAUGAUGUGUAUUCUAAGAAAUUUGAACUAUUCCCGAAUUCAUUCCCAGAAAAUUGUAGGAGUUUUAAACAAAAGCAAUUAGGAUUAAAUCUUUUCCCUGUUCCCCCUGUUGUUUGAAGUUGUGGAACAUAACAGCAAAACAAGAAGUAAUCUCAAAGGUUGUGAAUUUAAGAAAAACAUAAAUCUAGAAUAGAACAUCUUUAGACCGUAAUUAAACAAGAUCGUGCUUUCGUUGAUCGCGUUCUAUAU